AUGCAUUUUGUCACUGGGAUGGCCCCAAUCUGGGAUGGCAGAUUGCAGCAGCAACUCCCUGUUUGUCUGGUCCAAUCCCUGCAUGACGAACACGACCAAAAGCUGAAGAUCCACCGCCAACGAGCGUCCCAGUGUGCUGCCAAAGGUGUGGCAGCCUUCAAGAAGGGAGAGACUUGCUUAGCAACCCCGGCGUUUGAGGCGUGUUUGUGUUGGACACUGCUGACGCACUGCUGGAGUGACGCGCAAGUCACCACGGCCCUUUACAACUGCGGCUCUUCCACCGCUUCCGCCGAGCCGGCUGUAGCAAAAAAGUACCUGGAACUCGCGAUGCAUUCUGUGCAGGAUGAGACACAGAAGAUGAAAUACAGCCGCAAGCUCCAAGAAAUCAAGGCGCUGCUCCCUGACGAAACGGCCCAGGCUUCCUCAUACGCUGCUGGGCUUCCGUCCUUUGCAGGCGAGAGCCCGGUUUUGAUAGUGCAAGAUUUGGUUGCUGAGAUGGAGGCUACCGCUGCCAAACUACGUGCUUUGGAGGUCCAACUGCGGGCUGGGGAGGUUGUGACACCUCCGGGAAUUAGCACAAAGAAAGAGUGCCAGGAAUGGGUCCGGACAAGACUUGGCAUCACCGACCCUUGGCAAGCCGUUUAG